GGAAGGAAAUCAUCCAGAUGACUACAGUCGUCUCACAUACAAGAAGCUCCUGGAGGAAGUAUGUCGAUUUGCCAAUGUGCUUAAGAGUAAAGGCAUCAAACGGGGCGAUCGUGUAGCCAUUUAUAUGCCCAUGAUCCUCGAAUCCGUCAUAGCCAUAUUGGCGUGUACGAGAAUCGGAGCAGUUCAUUCUUUGGUGUUCGCCGGUUUUUCUGCCGACUCAUUUUCCGAGCGAAUAAUUGAUUGCCAAGCACGGGCCCUCAUCACCGCCGAUGGUGUCUGGAGAGGAGAGAAAUAUCUCGCGUUGAAGAGUAUCUGCGACCAAGCGAUGGACAAGUGCGCGAAGAACGGACACAACGUCGAGGUGUGCUUCGUUGUAUCGCACUUGGAAAGGGUCACUGCCCCAUCGGGUGUUCAAAGUAACCAAAGCAAUAAGACGCCAAUGCAGGAUGGUCGUGAUAUCUGGUGGCACGACGUCGUUCCACAAGCUUCCACGAGCUGCUACCCUGAAUGGAUGCAAAGCGAGGAUCCCUUAUUCAUGCUUUACACCAGCGGUUCAACUGGAAAACCAAAGGGCGUCCUCCACACCACUGGAGGAUAUCUCUUGUAUGCCGCUACUACCUUCAAAUACGUCUUUGACUACAAACCAAAUGACGUUUACUGGUGCACCGCCGAUAUUGGCUGGAUCACCGGUCACACAUACGUUGUGUACGGACCUCUGGCAAAUGCCGCUACCUCAGUUUUGUACGAAGGAACUCCAUUCUAUCCACAAAACGACCGUUUCUGGGGUGUUGUCGAAAAGUACAAGGUCAACCAAUUUUACACGGCCCCGACCGCCAUCAGAGCGUUGAUGAAGUUCGAGGACAGUUUGGUCACAAGGCAUGAUCUAUCCUCCUUGAGAGUUCUCGGUUCUGUAGGAGAACCAAUCAACCCAGAAGCUUGGAUGUGGUAUUACAAAUUGGUCGGAGGAGAAAAAUGCUCGAUCGUGGAUACUUUCUGGCAAACCGAGACCGGCGGUCAUGUCCUUACUCCUUUGCCAGGUGCGACACCCAUGAAACCAGGAGCAGCUUCGUUCCCAUUCUUUGGUGUACAGCCAGUUUUAUUGGAUGAAUCCGGCAAGGAAAUUCAAGGCGAAGGAGAAGGAUAUUUGGUAUUCUCUCGCCCGUGGCCUGGAAUGAUGAGAUCGUUAUACAAUAACCACGAUCGCUACGAAACCACGUACUUCUCGAAAUUCCCAGGAUAUUACUGCACUGGUGACGGUGCGCGUCGCGAUGCCGAUGGAUACCUAUGGGUGACUGGAAGGGUUGAUGACAUGUUGAAUGUUUCUGGUCAUUUGAUGUCCACUGCUGAAGUGGAGUCCGUUCUUACGGAGCAUCGCGGCGUCUCGGAAGCUGCAGUAGUGGCGAAACCGCACCCCGUGAAGGGUGAAUGCCUGUACUGCUUCAUCACCACCAACGGUCAAGUCGAAUUCAAUGCACAAUUAGUGACUGAACUGAAGAAGAUUGUCAGGGAAAGGAUCGGACCAUUCGCUCAACCAGACGUUAUUCAAAGUGCUCCGGGUCUACCGAAGACUCGCUCUGGUAAGAUCAUGAGGAGGAUAUUGAGGAAAAUCGCACUCAACGACAGGGACAUUGGGGACAUUAGCUCGUUGGCCGAUAGCUCGGUUGUUGAUCAGCUAUUCGCGAACCGACCAAUUUCCGCUUAAAACGGAAAAAUGAUUAUUUAUUUUUUAAUAAUUAUAAUACCUAUACGUGUAUAGAGAAAAUAUAUAUUAUAUUGUUGUUAUUAAUUGUAUAUUAGGUAAAUAAUUUAUGUCUACGUGGUUUAUAUAUACGAAAGCCACGAAGUGAAAAUGAUAACUAAUUAAUUUUAAAUAUAAUUAACGAAUCUCUAGUUCAUCCAUAACGUAAUUAAUAAUAAUAAUGAUUAUAUGAAAAAAUAGCAACGCUACAAAAUGAAAAAGUCAAAAUAUCUGUGGUUUAUUGAUAAAUGCAUUCGUUCUUUGCUUCAAACUGUAACCGGAUUCACCUAUACUUGGAGUAAAGAAUUUGAAAACUUGAUAAGAACUUAGGUAAUUGAAAUAAACAGGGACGCACAUUUAUGUUACUUAUAUGUACAUGCACGAAUUACUCUAUUUUUUACUAGAUUUUCAAAUAAAUGUAAAGACAAAAAAUAUAA